AAGUUUUUAUUUUCUUACACACUCGUCUCGAUCUGCAUUUUCAUCCGCAGAUAGAACUCGUUGUCUGUGCCCCCGAGAUUUGUUUGGGGAGGAAGCCAAAUUUAUUUGCACUUAAAUAUUCUGCUUGAUUUUUUUCUUUUUUUUUUCUUUUGUAAUUAUUCAGUUGACAACGGUGCUCGAUAAAAGACUGCUGGCGCUGAAUUCGAUGCAGUUGACGUUUAAAAAUCUGGCAAGAAUAUUAUGCAACAGUGCAGCGACUACCCCUGAAGCUUUUUGAUUGGUCAGCCGAUGUAAAUGACAGACACUAUAGCACACCGACCAGACGCCAGACACUGCACACGACACAGGACGAACGAUAUAAAAGACACGACAUUAACGACACAGACGCAACGCGUAGGGACAGUGCACUGGGGAUGCAACAACGCGAGCAGAGUUGGCGAACGUCAAACAUUUCAUCAAACAUAAGACACAUCAGCCGCGCCGGAAUUGAGGUUACUUUUGGAAAAACAGGAUGGUCCUUACGGUCGUGUAUGACGGCUACGUCCGCUCCUUGGCCAUUUUACCUUACAGCGUUUUCAUCACCAACAGUGUGGCCGGAGCCCUGGAAUUGCCGGCUGAUCUGGUGCCGGUCGUAACGCUCGAUCGACUGUGCAGAAGAUGGACCCUGAUGAUGGCCAUGGGCUUGGCCGGACUAGCCGGCAUAGCCACCGGACUCGUCCCCCAGACUUCGGCCAUGUUGAUAACGGUGCUGGCCAUGGCCAGUCGCUUCUUCACAACCACUGCUAUAAACUCGGAUCUCCAGUACACGGUCGAGCUCAUUCCGACCCAGUUGCACGGACAAGGCACUGGCGUCAUCCACAUCACUGGGCAUGGCGCCACAUUCUUCGCUCCCUUCAUUCUCUAUCUGAGUAACUACAACAAGACCCUGCCCUACAUCGUCCUGGGCUCUUUGUCUGUUUUUGGCGGACUCCUCUGCCUCCUUUUUCCCGAGACGGCCGACCAGAAUCUGCCCGAAACGGUGGCCGAUGCCGAACAUUUCGGAGCCGAUCAAUCCUUCUUCCAAAUGCCCUGCCUGUCCAAGCGGUGGGAGCGUCAAUAAAGGUUGAACGACGCCAAGGACGCCGAUGUCACAAUAAGUUCACCCUCGUUCGAAGACGCCCUGGGUGGUGGGACCGCCAGGCCCGCUUGUCAAUACGUCAAGGACCUAUCAGAUCCAGCGUUCACGGGAAUCGGGAGCGCCAAACUCAACCGGCAACAACAAAAUAAACAACAGCAAACGGUUCCGCAUAGACUGGAGCAUCUGCCGACUGAUGGAUGGCACAACAAAGCUUUCGCUUCGAGCGAUCCUUCUUUGGACAAACAUCAAACCUCUCGAUUGUGACUCCUCCUGUGAUUCUUAGAUCCUGAAAGGAACAGUCUGGGAGUUUUUUUAUUCUCUUUUCUUUUUCCCUUUUUUUCUUCUCUUAAAAAAAUUUAACGUCCGCCAUUUUUUCAUUUCGGCAUCCAUUUGUACUGCCAGUUCUUCCGAAAUGAAAUAAAGUUUUCUAAAAUUAUUCUAUGAAUUAAGGCGAUAAGAAAGAAACUACUAGCCAAAAUAAAAGAAAGAAAUCAUUUCAAAAUCUAAAGAAAUAAAAAAAGGAUUAUUAAAGUAAAUUUGAGGAUAACAACAGCACCACUGAUAGUGAUGCAACACAAAUUGUUUCUUCUGAAAAUGUUGAACAUGAAGUUUCCAAUACAUCUGGUAAUAUUCGAUAGUUAACCUAAGUUUAAUAUGUCAACAUGGAAAAUCUAAUUUCUUAUACGAAAAAUACUGUUGUGCAGACUAGUAUAGUCAUUUUAGUUGUUGUAACUCAAACAAUUAGUAAUGAGAAGUUUUAUUAAUGAGCACUAUUUUUACAUACUUUU